AUGCGGCCGCUGCCACCUCCGGGCCCCGCCACCGCCCCUGGGCGUGAAGGGGAGGCCCGAGGCGCACGGAAGCGCGGUGGUGGCCGGAAGCUGGCUUCGGGGCCCGGCGGCCGCGGCGGUGGCGGCGGUGGCGGCGGUGGCGGCGGCGGGGCGGGCAGCCCCGAGGCCCGGGCACGCGGCGAGUGGAGCAAGGCCAGGAAGAGGAUGGGGGCCUGGACCUGUGCGGGGAAGGAGGUGGACAGUGAUCACCGCCAGCCGGGGGAGGCGGCCCGACGAGCUGCCGAGGGACCCGGGGACCCCGUGGGGCUGUCGGCCCCCGGAGGCUCCGUAGAGGGGUCGAAGGAUGCGGAGCCUGGAAGACACGGUGCCAAGGGAAAAGCAAAAGUUAUGGAGACAUCGAGCGAUGAUCCACAGGCAGGAGUAGACCUGGUCAAAAGCGAACCAUUAACCAGUUCCGAAUCUUCACAAACAGUGGAGUGCAGUGAAUUGGGAGGUGUGACUCUCUUCGAACCUGUGGCUAAGGAUGGUUUGAUAGAAGGAAUUAAAAGAAAAAUUCGAAUAAAAAAAAGUAAAAGUUUAGAAAACCCACCUCUCACAAUAAUUGAAAAUGAGUCCACACAAAAUACGAAGGUUGGAAUCCAAGAUGAUCUGUACAUGAAUACUGCAAAAUAUUCUUGUAACAGCUUGUCACCAGGAAUAGAAAAUAGUUCUGUUUUAAAGCUACAUGAUUUCAAUAGUUUCCCCCAUCAUAAUGAAAAUGCCCUUGCAUAUAAAUCUGACGGCGGAUAUGUACAUGUAGCAAAAAAUUCCUCCAAGUUAAAGAAAGAAAAUCUUAGGAGUCAAACAGAAAAGAAUGCCACAGAUAGUAUUCCUAAGCUCUCACAAACCACAGAGAAUCUAACAGGGGUAAAUAAGUUACUGCUUGAAGAAAGUGAUUUGUACCAAAGUAAAAAUAAUGGCUUACUUUCCUGCCUUCAAAGUGAAAAAAUUAAACAUGCAAUAGAGGAGAACAGUGUUGGGAAAAGACCCAGGAAAAAGAUGAAGGUGUCUGAAAAAGAACAAACAGCUCUUGACAUGAAUGUCUCUAAGGUGUAUAACAAGACUGAGUUGGCCUUACAAGAAAAUCUCAGUAUGGAGAGGAAAGAAGCAGAGACCACCACAGAAUCGAAAAAGGCUUCUUGCAAAGUUUUGAAAAAAAUAAACCAUAACACAUACUCUCCAGGGAGUCAUUUACUGAGUCUCCCAGAACCAGGAGAAAAAAAAACCAAAAGUCCCAGACAUCCCAUAACCACCGUAUUUCAGGGAACCCUUGAGCCCCUUUCUUCAAAAGAAGUAAACAAACACACUUCAGAUUCCUUAGGAAGUAAAAAAAUGGAGCCAGAAGUGUAUUUGAAAUCAGGGACAAGCUCUGUGGUGAAAUUACUUACUGACCAGCAUCGCACUGAAAAGAGACCUUCCUGGGAAGAUAAGAAAUACGAAGCCGAAGAAUCAAAGACAAGCUGUCAACGAACCGUCCCCGUGGCUGGCAAGAGAAUUUGGCCUUGUUAUUCUUGUGCCAGAACAUCCGCCUAUUGUUGGAAAACAGCUUCAUUCACAGACAGUGGUAGGCAAGAUGAUUUUCUUAAACACAUAAACCAGUCUCCCUCCACUGACUCCAAGUCCUUGGCAGAAAGUUCCUCAACAGAACACGACAAGCAGUCCUCAAGUAAAGGAAAACCGGAUUCUCAUUUGAAUUGCUUGCCUUGGGUUCCAGUGCUUCCUGCUAUUCCAGCGGCGGUAGAACCUGCUCUGGCAGUUACCAAGGCCCCUGUGAUUAGUGAUCAGAAGAUCAAGUCCGAGGAACCCAGUGGCAGAAAUGGGUCAGAGGCGGUUUCUAGUACAACUGAAGACUCCCAGGUAACUAAUGGGACCCAGAGCUCCACAGGAAAUAAGAAAAAGGAGAGAGGAAACUUAACAAAACCCACCGUGACUGGUGCUUCCCAGGAGGGCCAGGACAGCAGUCAUUCUACCAGCAAAAAUUUGCAUGGAAAAGCCUGUGUUGCCAAGCAAGCACUUGUGAUCCCGGAUCUGGCGAAAAUACUGAACACAGGACGGCUAGCCAAUUUUAAAAUUCCUUUACUGAAGAAUAAAAGAGGAAAAAGAAAAAAAGUCAAUGCCAAUACAUCAGAGAGAGAGGCUUACAGUGCCCUUGACCUGCUGGACAAUCUAUCUGGAGCAGAGACAAGACAGACAAGGAAUAAAGACAAUGCCUCCACAGCCACUUCAGGGCCUCAGUCUUUGAGCACACAAACGAAUGUUGCUCCAGGGCCAGCUUGUUCUAACUUGUUCUACAAUAAGAAUUCUUGUAGUAUUCCUUCAAGCUUUUCAAAGAAAGGUGAUCAUCAUAAACCUUCUAAGCACAUCCCUGAAGCAGGCAGUAUUGCUCCUCCGAAGGAGCCUGUUUCUCUCACACUGGAAAAGAAUACUUUUUCUUGUGAUCCUGGGUGUAGAGAAGCUAGUUCGUUCUGCUCUAAGAAACAAGUGACCUUCGAGCCAAUAGCUGCUAAAGUCAGUGGUAGGAAGAUGACUAAGAGCAUUUCAGACAAAGUAGGAGUUCCAGAUAUUCUGAAAGCGUAUGAAGAUGAUGUCCUCUUAAUUGAUGUCAUUCAAGAUGACCCAGACCUCUUUGGAGUCUCCAAUGAAGGAGAUCUCUCAUUUGCUUCCGAGGUCCCCAAAAUAAGCCAGGAACCCAAAGUUGCUGAAGAACACCAACCAUCAGAUUCCAGGCAUGUGGAACUCUCAGAGAGAAAACCAAGUGAUCUGAGAGAACUUCCUGUAUUGGACCCUGGAUUGAUGAAGUCAGAGACCUGUGUUGCUCUGUCAAAAGCAAAUGAGAUGAAAUGUGGCUCCAAAGGCACAAGCAUUCCCGUGGAAGGGAUUCAUGAGGCAGUUGAGAAUGACAAAUUGGGAGACCUCAGUGAACAGAUGAAAGGCUCAAAUAUGGACGAAAAGUGUAGCGUUUCAGAAGUUUCAGAGUUUAAAGAAGAAAAAGAAAAUGAUUAUGAAGUUUGCAAAAGCAAAGAUCCUAGAAAUGCAGAGAUGGUGAUGGCGGAAGGUCAGUUAGCCCUUGUGGGCCCCAGGCCUCUGUGUUUACCAGUGCUGCCUCCAACUUCCAGUGGGCAUCCGGAAGAUAAAGUUCCAAAGCUCUGGAUGAAUGAUUUCAGAUUUCCAGGAAGACAUCCUGUCCCACAGCUACAGAGUCCUGACGCAUGUGAAAUCUUUAAGAGAGAAAAAAAUAUGGGGGUGUUCCAGAAACCCCUAGGGUUGAUGAUGCCUCACAGAUAUUGCAAAUUUCAUUUUAACACAUUGCGUGGUUGUGAGCGAUCACAAUGUAAGUUUGCUCAUGUGCCUGAACAAGAGGAUGAAAAGGUUUGCAUGGAUGUUUUUAAGAAAUAUAUAAGCAUCAAUGAGAUUUGCUUGCUGCAACGUGCAGUAAACUUAUUUAUGGAAUACUACAGCAAUUUUCCUCCGGGUAUACACUUUGAUUUACAAGUCUUAAAUGAACUCCUAAUGUCUUUACUCAAGCAUUGUUUAUUGAAAGAAGUAUUUCAGGUAGUGAACCUCAGCAUAAUGGUUAAAAUGCCGCCUGCCCCGUGUAUAAUACUGAAAAUAUUUGAGCAUGUGGCAACUUUGAAAUUAAGGAAAGCUAUGCCUGCUGUAAUUGAUAUCUUCUGCAAGUUUGUUGAAACUGGAAUGAUGCAAGACCCAGAACACUUGAACUAUAUUAUUGAGCUUUUAUACCAAACCCAGGCUACCAAACAAGAAAUAACUGCCAUUCUGGAAAUCAAAGCCAGGUUACAGAUGAGGCAAUUUAAAAUGAGCUGGAAGAAUGAUUUAGAGUCAGCCUUGAAUGAAGUAGAGGAUUGUAAGGAAAAAGGUGACUGGACCAAAUUGGGAAACCUAUACCUUAACAUCAAAAUGAGCUGUGAAAAGUUCAUAGACUUCCAGAGAUUUUGUACUUGUAUUGCCGAGACACUCACAAAAGACUAUACUGAAGAAAGAUCAGAUGUUCCUUUUUGUGAAUUUGCUGAGACAGUUAGCAAAGACCCACAGCAUAGUGAAGUAGACAGAACUUUGCUGGGAAGAAUUGGAAUCAGUGCUGUGUACUUCUACCACCAGCUGUUGCAGUGGUGCAAGGGAAGAAAGGUCUUAGAUAAACUGUAUGAAUUAAAAAUACACUUUACAAGUUUAAAAGGAGUUACAGGACCUGCAAAGUUAGCACCAAGAUGUCAAAUUGUGAACAUUGCAGCAGAGAUUUUUCUAAAAACUGGGAGCCUGGACGGUGCCCUUUGGGUACUGAGAGAAUCAGAAUGGAUAAUCAAUACACCCCUCUGGCCUUGUGACAGAUUAGAUGUGCUUAAUCGACAUAACCUGCUCUGCACAAUUGCACAUGAAAUCUUAGCCAAGAGCCUUUACAGGCAGACAUUUGAGGUUUUGCAGAACCUGCCAGGCUUUCAGAACUCUCAAGAAACAAGGGAGGUGUCCCAGUACAGCCUUCUUUUUAAUAAACUUCUAGAUGCCUGCAUAGAAAGCAAUAGUCUUGGCAUGUCAUCUUCUGUGGCAGAAUUCAUGAUUUCCAAGAGUAUUCCAAUUGAUUUCUCCUUUCUUAGAAGAUUAAUUACUUCUUUAGGAAGGAGUUGUUUGUGGCUCAAAGCUAGAACCCACUACAAAAGUGCUCUUUCUUUAGGAUGUUACCCACCAUUAGAGGGAAAUUUAUACAGAAAGCUUCUACUGAUUCCAUCUUAUUUAUCUGAAAUUGAAAUGCUUUUAGCUAUCGAAAUCUUCCUGGUGUCUAAUGCUAGUAGUAUUCAGAGUCCUGGGACUUCUACACAGAUCCUGCAGAUAGUUUUGAAAAGAUGUAAAGAAAACAAAUCUCGAAGCAAGGAUGACUACCAAGCUGCAGUGGAAAGGUUAAUAAUGGCUGCUCGCAUAUCAGAUCCCAAGCUGUUCAUUAAGCACAUGACUGUCAAUGUGAACAAGGAGCAGGUUUAUAGUCUGGAAAACUGUUCGGCCCUGAAGUGGUUGAAAGAGAAUAUGAAAUGGGCUGGGAAGGUAUGGCUUUUCACUAACAGUUAAUUAAUAAGUUGUUGGUUCUGUGGGUUUCGUUUUAUUUUUUUUAAGUUCCAAUAAUCAAUGUUGAAAAUAAAAAGCAAUAAAAAUAAAGAGCAUUCACAGUACUCAGUGUUUGUUCUUUAUU